AUGAAUUUUAAAUCUACAGUAAUUGGUGCAGGACCUGCUGGUAUCAUAACAGUGUGUUAAUUGCUUAAAAACAACAUGACUCCGAUUGCAUGGGUGGAUCCCCAAUUCAAUUGUGGAGCUUUGAACCAGUUUAAUCACAUACCAUCCAACACAAAAAUUCAACUAUUCCUAAACACCUUAAAGAGAAUGGGAUGGAUUGAGGAUCAUAAGGAAGUAGAAGACCCCGCUGAAGUAUUUAAAAAUUUCGACCCAAACACUACUUGUGAACUCGGCUUCUCCUAUGAGAUGUUUAAGAAAGUCAUGGUGAUAUUGGAUCAAACAUGCAAAGGGUUACUAGCGAAGAUGGAAAGUGUUGUAGAAAAAAUAGAGAACCUAGGCCACACUAAUAAAAUUACAUUAAAAAAUAAUUGUUAGUUCGAGAGCGAAUACGUCUUCCAUUGUACUGGUUCGAAAAGAAAUACAAUAGAGACUGUAGAUGCUUCACUCUACAAACUUUACCCUACCCUCAAAGAAAUUGACCUCUACGCUGCCAUGAGUCCAGAAGAUGUUCAUUAACACAUUACAAAUGAGGAUACAGUCUGUAUAUUUGGUAACAGUCACUCUGGAAUUUUGGCUGCAAUGAAUCUCUACAACUCACCAAAUAGGCCUAAACACAUAUACAUUUUCUAAAGAAGACCAAUCAUUGUGGCCGAGUAUUUGCCAAAUGGAAAAAUCAUGAAUGACUCUACAGGUCUUAAAGGGAGAGUGGCUGAAUGGGCCAAAAACAUCCUAAUUGGAGAAAAGCCCAAGUGCAUCUCAGAAAUUGACUCAGCUGAGUACAAGAAUUACAUGCCAUUGUGCACCAAAGUUAUUGUAGCUACUGGAUUCCAAAGAAAUACUCUACCUAUCAUAUCCAUAAAUGACAUGGAAUUGAUCGAUAAUAAGAUUAAUUAUGAUGAUGAAAAUAUGACAUUAGUUUACGGAGGAAGAGAGAUCUCCAAUAACUAUGGCUUCGGAAUUGCUUUCCCAGAAAAAGUACUUGAUGCUAAUGGAUCAUAUCAACAUGCUGUUGGUUUCUAUAAAUUUAUGCUCACUAUUACUAAAGUGAUUACAAAAUUAUAGAGUUGA